UCAGGAGAUGCACGCUGCCGAAUCAAUCAUCCAUCCAUUCCAAACCGGUCCAGCGAAACAUCAUACGUACAGAGUUUAGACAUGUCUCCACGCGUUUCUUCAAAGGGAGGAAAUACGAUUAAUGGUCUUAACCAGCACUAUGAAGAGAAGGUCCGUCCAUGCAUUGACCUAGUGGACUCUCUCAGGUCUUUAGGUGUUGAAAAGGACCUGAACCUGCCAGCUAUUGCUGUCAUAGGUGACCAGAGCUCAGGAAAGAGUUCUGUGUUGGAAGCCCUGUCUGGAGUGGCACUGCCUAGGGGAACAGGUAUUGUGACACGCUGUCCUCUGGUAUUGAAACUGAAGAAAAUUAAAAAGGACAACAACUGGCAUGGAUUGCUGUCAUAUAAGGAUCAAGUAAAGCAACUGAAGGAUCCUGCUGAAAUAGAGAAUGCUGUCUUAAAUGCUCAGACAGUAUUGGCUGGAAAGGGAGAAGGGAUCAGUCAUGAGAUGAUCACUCUAGAGAUCCAGUCCAGUGAUGUCCCUGACCUCACUCUCAUUGAUCUGCCAGGCAUUGCUAGAGUUGCCACUGGAAACCAGCCAAAAGACAUUGAGAAACAAAUAAAAGAUGUCAUUGAAAAGUUCAUUAAAAGACAAGAAACCAUCAGCUUGGUUGUGGUGCCUGCAAACAUUGACAUCGCCACCACUGAGGCUCUCCAGAUGGCAUUCAAAAUAGAUUCAACCGGACAAAGGACCCUCGGUAUUCUGACUAAACCGGACUUAGUGGACAAAGGCAUGGAGGAGACUGUGGUCAGAACAGUCAAUAAUCAGGUGAUACAGCUGAAGAAGGGCUACAUGAUCGUAAAGUGCCGAGGCCAGCAAGACAUCAAUGAGAAGCUUGAUCUGGUCAAAGCGCUGGAAAAAGAACGACUUUUUUUUGAUGAACAUGCUCAUUUCAGGUCUCUUCUUGAGGAAGGAAAAGCUACAGUACCCCUUCUUGCAGAAAGACUCACAAAAGAAUUGGUUGAACACAUUACUAAAACGCUGCCACAGUUGCAGAAACAACUUGAGAUGAAAUUAGAGAAGACGACUGCGGAUCUUAGAGCACUGGGAGAUGGAGUUCCAACGGAUGAACACGCGAAGAGCAAUUUUCUGAUUACGAAAAUUCACCAGUUCAGCGAUGCCCUUGAAGGAGUAAAAAGGGCAGAAGAAGAUCUAAGCUCAGACAUGAGGGUCUUCACCAAAAUCAGGAAGGAAUUUGGAAAAUGGAAAUGCGUUCUGGAUGACAAAACCAUAAAGACGGAGGAAACCCUCAGAGAUGAGGUAGAAGAGUAUGUUAGGACUCGUAGAGGAAAGGAGCUUCCUGGAUUUGUGAACUACAGAACUUUCGAAAACAUUGUCAAGAAACACAUUGAGGAGCUGGAGGACCCUGCCUUAAAGCUGCUCAAAGAUGUCGCAGACAUUGUUCGUUCCUGUGUGAACCACAUUGUUAGCUCUCAAUUCAAGGCCUUCUCUCACCUAUUAAGGGCCACCAAAGAUCCAAUUGAAGAUUUUCUCGAUGAGCAGUUUCAGAAGGCUGAGGAGAAAAUACAGUCUCAAUUUAAGAUGGAGAGGAUUGUCUACUCCCAAGACCAUCUGUACAGCAAUCAGCUUGACGCUGUAAAACAAAGUCUAACAGUUAUUGCGCAAAGGAAGUUCAUCAGUGCAGAUGUACGCGAGAUGACACAACAUCUCACUGCCUAUUUUAAGAUUACUUCUGACCGCCUGGCUAAUCAAGUUCCACUGAUAGUCCAGUAUCACAUGCUGGACCAGUACAUCUCUAAGCUUCAGAAUGCAAUGCUUGCCUUGAUUGGAGGGAACAAUCCAGAAAUGCUGCUCCAAGAAGAUUCCACUGUUGCACGUAAAAGGAAAGAACUAAAAGAGCGACUGGAGCGCCUUAAGAGUGCAGGCAAAGUCCUGUCCAAGUUUGUGCAAUCUGUAUAAUUGUUAAGUGUCUGUUGUUCAUUAGUUUAUUUUUGCUGCACCAAUCCCAGAUGUUUUGCAAUGUUUUGCAGAAUUGCAAUGGGAUGUCUUGGAGUUUGUUUUGUUCAUGUACAGAUAGUUAACACCAUAAAGAUGGUGUUUGUGGUAAUUCCCUGCUAAAAUUCCAUGUAGGGACAUUGUUUUGGAAAGUGCCCCACAGUUUGUUUUACACUUUAAGAAAUAUAUUUUCUAUUUUAUGUUAUGUGUGUAUCCAGUUUCCUAAUUGUUCGUUUAGUGAGAACCACAUAAAUCUAGAAAUAAUAACUUCAAACUUUUACUCAAGAUGUUAUGAUGCUGUUCUUUGAUAAAUGGAACUUAAGUACAUGCAUCUUUAAAGACAGCUUGUAACUUGGCAAAAGAUUACACUUUUAUGUUUGUAAGAAUCUAAGAAUUCACUUUUACAACUUGAAAAUAAAAAAAAAAUGGUGA